AUGGAUUCAUCUUGGUUUAGAACCACACAUAAAGAAAAUUAUAGACGUCCUUUGAUGUUUAAACUACCAAAUGAGCCUAUUAAAACUUUUUGUCAAGUAAAAUUAUUCGAUAAAAAUGAUAAACCUUUAGAUUGUAAUAUUUGGGUUGAUGAUGAUUUGAAAUUAUCUUUGAUAAAACUGCAUAAAUGGUAUUUACUUGGUAAUCUUGUCGUCGAUGAAAAUGAUAAAUCUCUCUUGGAACAUAUUACUGGUAUUAACCAUAAAUAUGUUAAAUUGAAAAAUAAUUUGGGAUAUUAUUCUACUUGUUAUGCAAGGAAUAAUCUUGUCAUAGAUGAAAGUAUUCCUAUUGAUGAUUGUUUAUACAUUUAUACACGUGUCAGAACAAAAAAUAAUAAGAUCGCUUAUGGUAUUUAUUCUGAAAAUUAUCCGGAUAAAAACAUGUUUGAAUUAACUAAUGGUUUAGUACCAUAUGUUCAAUUAAAUGCUGUUGUCAUAGCUUUGGAUUGUUUUAAAAGUAUAGAUAAAAAUUUAAAAAUAUACACUAAUGAUAGUAAUAUCGUGAAUGCUAAUGAUUCAUGGAUUGAAUUAUGGGAAAAAAAUAAUUGGUUGAAUUCAAAUGGUGAAGAAAUUAAAAAUAAAGAUCUUUAUCAGAAAAUGAGUGGUUUAAUAGAUAUGAAUAAAAAUACCGUGGAAAUAAUUCAUAAUCAAGUAAAGAAUGAUGGAAUUCAAGAUGGUUCAGGUAUCUCAACUUUAGCCAACGUGAUCACUGAUACUGAUCUUUUCAAAGAAGGUCAAACUUCAGUUAGUGAAACUCAAGAAACUCAUAUUGAAAGUUUUUUAUUAGAUAAUGUCGAAUAUAAAGUUAUCGAUACUGUUGGUAUAAAUAAUACCAAAUUAUCAAAUGAAGAAGUCAUUGAAAAAAAUAUUAAUGUAAUUAAUUCGAUUCAAAAGGAUGUAACUCGAGUUUUUUUUACUUUCAAGAGAAAGUUUACUGAGGAAGAAUUAAAAGUUUUGGAAUUUUUAAAGGAUAUUUUUGAUAAUAUUACUUUAGUGAGGACUAAAUUUGUUAAUUUUAGAAAUUCCGAAAGGUGUAGGAUUGAUCAAAAAGCUUUACUUAAAGAAAAAAGUAAAUGGUUUUCAGAUCAACAAGAUAUUUAG